AAUGGAGCUGGGAGUAACGGGCUCUAUAGCUCUAGCUGUCUGUGUCAGUCUUAUUGUAUAUUUUUUCUCAUGGAAGAAGAAGCUUAGGAGCAGAAAUCUACCCCCUGGGCCACCCACACUGCCCCUGUUAGGCACAAUUCUACAUAUGAGCACCACAGAAAUGCACCAGUCUUUAAAAAAGCUGAGUAAAAAGUAUGGACCUGUGCUCACCAUCUACAUUGGCAAUGAACCAAUGGUGGUCUUGGUUGGCUAUGAUUGUGUAAGGGAAGCUUUGAUAGAUCACAGUGAUGUGUUCAGCACAAGAGGAAAUACUUUCUUUGCCAAGGCAAUGUUAAAAGAUUAUGGAGUAGUACUGAGCAAUGGGGAACGCUGGCAACAGCUACGCCGAUUCUCACUGACCACCCUGAGAAAUUUCGGCAUGGGAAAAAGAGGAAUUGCAGAGCGGAUCCAGGAAGAGGCCCAUUUUCUGGUGGAGGAAUUCAAGAAAAAUGGAGAAAACUUGUUUGAUCCAUCGGACAUUCUUCAUUUGGCGGUCUCAAACAUCAUCUGCUCUAUUGUGUUUGGAGAACGCUUUGACUACAAAGAUGAAAAGUUCAUAAACCUUUUAUUCAUGAUGAAGGAAAUCUUAAACACCAUCGCCUCUAAAUGGGGUAUUUUGUUAAAUCUAUUUCCCAAAACAUCAUUGUACAUCCCGGGACCCCAUCAGAAAAUCUUCACAAACUUUCGGAAAGUGAAAAAUUUUAUUAUGGAGUCGGUAGAUCAUCAUAAGAAGACUAUUGAUAUGAACUGCCCACGGGACUUCAUUGACAGCUUUCUCAUAAAGAUGGAAGAGGAAAAGGAAAACUCAAACACUGAAUAUCACAUUGAUAACUUAUUUGCAACAGUGAAGGAUCUGUUUAAUGCUGGAAUUGAAACAACUGGUUCCACUCUGAAAAGUGCACUUCUCAUCCUGCUCAAGCAUGCAGAUGUGGCAAGAAAGAUGCAGGAGGAGAUAGACAACGUCAUUGGGCAGAGUCGAUCUCCUUCAAUGGAGGAUCGUAUUAGGAUGCCAUACACAGAUGCUGUGAUUCAUGAAAUCCAGAGAUUUGCUGACAUAGUUCCCUUGGGAAUUCCACACUCAGCCAGCAAAGAUACAGUAUUCCAAGGAUACAGCAUUCCAAAGGAUACAACUGUCUCCCCACUGCUUUCUUCCGUCCUAAAGGACCCUAAAUACUUUAGGAACCCAGAAAAAUUUGAUCCUGGACACUUCCUGGAUGAACAUGGCCAGUUUAAGAAUAACAAAGCCUUUAUACCAUUCUCUAUUGGGAAGAGAAAUUGUCUUGGAGAGGGUCUGGCCCAAAUGGAGAUCUUUCUUUUCCUUACCACCAUACUGCAGAAGUUAGAUUUUAAGACAAACAGAGCUCCAGAAGAUAUUGAAAUAACCCCAGAACCUGGUAAAAAUGGUGUUAUAGUCAGAUCGUACCAAAUGUAUGUGGAACCACGAUGAUGACACCAUGGAGAGGAUAAU